AUUAAUUAAUUGUCAUGUUUCUUGCAAAAGAGUAAACAAAGUUGUCUUUUGACCAUUACUUUUCAACUAAGGGAGAUGGAACAAUAAUAAUGAUGUUGUUUAACCUUUUGGGUUGGCCAAAUUCUAACACAAAACAGCACUCCUAACAUUUGGGAGAUUUGACUUAUUUUAUUUGCAACACUAAGAUUAACAAAUUCCCUAGUCAAACAAAACUCAUGGAAUGGCUUGUAUAUAUGUGAUAAGAACAACACAAUAAGGUGGGUUAACCAAUGCCAACCGCGAUUAGGUAGAUUAAUCCCCCAAUAAAUAUUGGUUAAUUGUGUGUAUGUAUCACACGUUGGUUGAACAACGACGUGGCAAUGAAACCUUUGGUUUCUAAUCAAACAACUUGAACAUCAUUGAGUCCCAUAAUCUGAGUCUUAAAGAUCACAAAGAAUGGCAAGAGCCCAACUAAGUAUUCAACCAAAAAUUUUGAAGACUUAUAAUUGUUUGGAACAAUUUUUUUCUAUAUUACGAUUUUAUUAAGAUCAAAGGGAACAUGAAAAUUAUUUGAAAUUUCAAUGUAAAGAAAUAAUGAUGGUAGUAUAUAUGUUCAUCACAAAUGAUGAUGGCAAGAGCCCAACUAAGUAUUCAACCAAAAUUAUUUGAAAUUAGGUUCUCGAUUGAAUGGUAGUAUAUAUGUUCAUCACAAAUUUUGAAUUUAAUCACUUUUAAUCUUUUAUGGAUGAUUAGAUGCACUAAUUAAGAUUUUCACACAAAACGUGUAACACAAAACAACCACAAGCACUCAAAUCAAAUCGAAAACCAAGAAAUAUUUUAAAAUAUAUGUUUCAUCGCCAAUAAUAAGUUAAUAAUAACCAGCAUUACGAGUUAUGGACUGAUGGCAAUUGGCAACCCAACCAAACCAAUUGCACCCCUAACUAUUGGUGGCAGAAGGUAAAGACAAUUGGAUCUCAGGCCCUAUUUGGUACUUGGGCCAUUUGACCAAUAUCAACCGGGGCCUUGCGGGCUCCUCACAGUCCCUAAACGUUAUUAUUUUCAAGACAUUCAUUCCCCAUUUCUCCGUUCUCACUUUCUCAGUCUCCCCUAUAGUCAUCCAUCUGAACUGUCAACACUUGAUAGCAUCUCGGGAUUUUGAUUAGUAAAAUUAAAAUGCGUAAAUCUUCUUCAUCUCCAUCGGAAUAAUCUUCAAACUGAUUCAGCGCCGGAGAGCCGGUUUCGUCGCCGCCGAUUCCACCAAGGUAGCAUCCUCCAGCUAGCUCUCUUCUUGAUCUGUGCUUGCCACUUUUCCUCGUCGAAUUUGCUGCUUGUGGCUUAUUCUCCGGUAAAUAUCAUGGCGAUUACUGAAAAUGUUGGUUUUGAUCGGAUGACAUAGCUGUGCUGUAUUCUUCACUUCUCUGUUUCUUGCGUUUUCUUUCUUUGCUGUGCUUGUUCUCUGCCAAAUCAUAAACUGUUGAUGCUAUAGGCUGCUCGACCUGCCUUGGUCGAUCUGUUUGCUGCGACAAGCUUCGUCUUUACUUCGCUUGCCGAAUUCGGUGCAAUGAGAUGGACGUGAAACUUGUGGAAAUCGCUGCAGUUGCCUAAGGUUUGAGCUGUUCUCCGUUGAUAGGCGGAUCAGCUGGUGCAUUUCUUGCUUCUUGCGGAGCCAGAUUAGGGUGUAGAGUUUAGUUCUGCCUAGGAAGUUUAGACUUGUUGUAGUCGUUAUAAUGGCUAUUUUCAUGAACUUGCAUCUCUUUGUCCCGGAAGCGUUGUGAUUUUCUGACUUCAAUUCUUGUUCCUUGUUAGAUGAUGAUAGCACGACAUUGGUUAGGCUUCUCCCUGGUGCUGCUAUGCCUUCUACAUACUUCAGAAGCCAGCCCUGGUGAUGCUCAUCCUGUUUACAGGAGCUGUGUGACAGUAUGUGAGAGGGAUGGCUGCAUUGGUAAAACCUGCUUUGCCGACUGCAACUAUUCUUCUAAUGGUGCCUCUCAUGAUAGUCCAUGGUACACUCAAGAGCCUCUCUAUCAACGCUGGAAACAGUGGGGCUGCGAGAGUGAGUGCAAGUAUUUCUGCAUGCUUGCCAGAGAAGAAGAGAGAGCAAAACACGGUUAUGGUCCACUCAAAUACCAUGGAAAAUGGCCCUUUAAGCGUGUCUUCGGCAUUCAGGAGGUUGCCUCUGUGGUUUUCUCUGCAUUGAACCUUUAUGCUCAUAUUCAUGGUUGGCUAUCAUUAAUCAUCCUUCUAUACUACAAGUUGCCCCUGAGAUGUGACAAGAAGACUUACUACGAAUACACCCCAUUGUGGCACAUCUAUGGACUCUUGUCAUGUAACUCCUGGUUCUGGAGCAUUAUUUUCCAUAGUCGAGAUGUAGCCUUGACAGAGAAGCUAGACUACUCAUCCGUAGUGGCAUUAAUCGGAUACUCACUUAUACUUUCCAUCCUAAGAAGCUUCAACAUUAAGGAGGAAGCUUCCAGAGUCAUGGUCGCAGCUCCACUGCUCGCAUUCAUCACAACCCAUAUACUGUACCUCAACUUCUACCAGAUGGACUACGGAUGGAACAUCAUAGUCUGUGUCGCAAUGGGCAUCGUCCAGCUUCUCACGUGGGCGAUCUGGGCAGGAGUGAGCCACCAUCCGUCUCGAUGGAAGGUCUGGGUACCAGUGAUCGGAGGUGGGCUGGCCAUGCUGCUGGAGAUCUACGACUUCCCUCCGUACAAAGGCUACUUCGAUGCCCAUUCAAUUUGGCACGCCACAACCAUCCCUCUCACAUACGUGUGGUGGAGCUUCAUUAGAGAUGAUGCUGAGCUCGCCACCUCCUACCUCCUGAAAAAGUCCAAAUAGCUUCCUAGUUUCAUAGACUGACUCACCUGCUAGAGUCUUGAUGGUUUUCAAGUUCAACUAAGAUAGAGAGAAACAAGGGGGCAUUCGCAUUUUUACGUAAGUCAGCUGGUUCGUAAACAACUGUGUUGUUGAUUGGAAGGGAACAGUUCUCAUUGAACACAGUUUUAACAGUCGAACUCUACGCGUAUACAUUAGUUGAAGAAAAAUUCCAAAGCAGAUCCUACUUUCGGUGGCAGAGUUUUCGUUGUGCUACCGAGUGUACUAAACAAGUGAAAUCAAACUCUUUCUACAGUCUACACUAUACAGAGAGACCAAUCUCCAUGCUUCAUCCAAAACACUAACCUUGUAAGUCGAUCUAUGUAAUGAACACAAUAUACCAGA